AUGUUAAAGACUCUGGAUGAAAAAGAUAUACAAAUUGAGAAGUUCCACUACCUUUUUCGUCUCUUCUUAGAUUGUUGGAAUGGUGUACUUGUCUUCGCUCUCGUUUACGAAUAUUAUUACUAUAAACGAUUUCUUCUUCUUGCUGCUACUGCCCUCAUUUUUAUUAUACCAACAGUUCUGUUACCACUAAUCUUGCUUAUCGGCCUUAUUGAAGAUACUGCCGUAAAUGCGUUCUCACAUCGCUCUCUAGUGAUCCAGACUGUUGGCUUAGCAAUUUUAUGCUUUCUAGAACUCUACGUGUGGCCGAAACCUCGUAAAGCAAUUGUUAUUAGAAGUCUUGAUGCAUUUUUUAAAUCAAUGCCUCAAGCUCUUCUGCAGGGAUAUAUCUUUCUGCGAUAUGAUUACAAUCCUAAAAACUUUAUAGAGGGGAUAGUUUCUGUGGCGUUUCUGCACUGUUUUAUCACGGUUCACGCUUCUGGUUAUGUUCGCAGUGGCUGUGGACUGGUGUGGAACGCAAUACGUAAAAAUGAAAGAGCAGUGGGGUACCACGUAAUAAUGGCGAUGCUUUAUGCUGCAUUUCAUAUUUUUGCACCAUUUAACAUGACGGAUGAAAAAAUGUUAUGGUCGUACUUAUUUGCUCAUAUUCUAGAAGCAGGAGAACUUAUGAUUUUUUUUAUUUUUGUUUUUCAUCGAGGCUUAUAUAACACUCUUGUGUAUUUUCCUGCAUUCUGUGUCGGGAUUGCGAGUUUCGCAAUUGGUAUAAUGUCUAUGGCUGGUUUUCAUUUAGUUAGUCUUUGGAAAUCUAGAGAAGUCAAAAAGGAGGUCACACUGAUCAACCUCUUCUUGCUUAUAAUUUCCUCAACAAUGUACAUCAUUGAUGUUGUCACCGAUCUCAGGGCUGCCUGGCUUUAUUAUAUCUCUAGCCCAGAUCUCAGUUUUGUUCUCGUCCUUGCGUUGGCUAUUCUGCCAACAAUUAUUUUAAAUUUUAAAUCGUUCUUUCGGUGGCAGAAGAGCAUUGAGCACGCUUCUCAGAGUGGAAAUUCAAGCUGUUUUUUGAAGGUUUCAAUUGGAGCCGGAGCGUUUUUACACUUUUUCCAGUUGGGGCCGCUGAGAUUCUUUCUGAGCGCGUUAUACGCCGGAUUCUGCUUUCGGAAAUGUACUGUUGAAAUACAGAAAGAUAAAUAUUAUCGUAAUUUCAUGACACUUUAUGAAGCCUAUUUUGAGUCGAUGCCUCAAACCCUUUUUAAAGGAUAUGUUUUCCUAAGAGUUUCUUGGAAUCUUAAUGAUCAGAAACUGUCAUUAUUUGGUUAUAUUGAUCUCUUAUCAAUCAUUUACUUUCUGGGAUUGUUUUCUUGGUCAGUAACCGUCCAGCGUGGAAAUGUUCGCUUCGAUCCGGAAUAUAAAGCCGAAAUGACAUUAGCUGAAAAGUGCAGAGAGUUCCCGUUCCGUUUUGUUGCUCUCUUUCUACGGUAUUUGUUUUUGGUCAUGUUCGCAGUCGCCUUCAACUGCUGGAUAUUUUUUUUGCUCGGUAUUCACUAUUGCCUGUCCAUAUUAAUCAUUAUGACAGUUCAGGUCGGUAAAAGAUUUGAGAAUAAACUGCUAAGGACUGAAGACAACAAAUUGUUACAGUGGGCUAUACUAUGUGUUACAUCGGAACGAAGUGAUCAAAAAGGCAGGAUUGAAUACGGAACUUGA